CGGGUCAUGAAUGGAACUUUGGGAAUCUAAAGCAUCUUACUAUUUCCUUUCGCAAACUGAUCCCGCUCGUAUCAAAUUUAUCGAAGAAAAUGGCAAACGAUUCUGCCGCUGACGACGAUGAUGGAAGCUGGAAUACAGAUGAUGAAAUCAAUAGCUUCCAAUCGUCUCCUGUAAAAUUACACGUCUGAAACAUCGAUUCAACAAGCUGGUGUUAAGUGCUUGUUUUAAAAACUUUUUAACUUGUUUGACGCUGAAACAAGAAUCGUUUUUUUUUUUUUUUUUUUGGGAUGACAUUGGAGAAACGUAGUUCAUAUGGAUGAGACGGUUGGUAAGUUUGUUGAGAUGGGAUUCUCCAUCGAAAUUGAUCCGUAGAGCGGUUGAAGAAACCGGCGGUUAGAAGUCUGUUUUUAUUUAUUCUCGUGUGUUAGUUAUCUGAGAUAUGCGUUUAUGUUGCCUGUUAAAUCAUCAACGGAAUGUUGAUAACUUGCAGGAGGCAAUCCGGAAUCUAUGAUGAUUCUUGAAACUCUCUUCAAGCUUUCUGUAAAAUUCUUCUUUGUGAAUUUACUUUAGGUUAUUUAGUUUCUUUACUUUGAUUCCCUUUGUGUGUAGACAAGCUCUGAAGCUAGCUCAUCUAAAUCUAAGCUCAUAGAUGAGGAAUUAGUGAUCAAAGCAAUACAUGAACAUGGUAUAGACAUAUAUAUCUCUUGCUCUCUUUUUUUUCAAGGAAUUGGGAAACUUCAGUUUGGUAAGAAAAUCUAGAGGAGAUUACAAAUGCACUUCUGAGAUAUGCAGAGGCAGAGAAAAUGCGUGAAACAGAGAAUGAGGACAUGGCCAAUGACAAUACUUAUCAGAUGAUAAUGAUGAUGCCGACCUUUUCUCAGGUCUAUCAUCCUCAGAUGAAGAGAUGUUGACUGUUGUACAACAUUGUCUUCUUUUAUCCAUUUUGAUCAAAAUGGGCUAUCCAAGGGAAGAGGCUUCUAUAGCUUUACAGAGAUGUGGAGAAAUUGCAAGUUUGGCAGAGGUCGUUGACUUCAUUUUAUGCUGCUCAAAUGGCACGGCAGUUACGUGAGUUUUGGGCAGAUCCUGGUGAAGUAGAGCAGCAGUCAAGAAGCAAUGAGCCACCGCCAAGAAGGAGGAAGCUAAACACUGCCAUGCCCAGUGAUGACGAGCUCAUCCAUUUACCAAAUCCGAUGAUUGGGUUCGGUGUACCUAAUGAACCUGGGCUUAUAACAGAGAGGCCAGUCCCAAUCCCUGACAUUGCUCGUGGUCCGCCCUACUUCUACUUCGAGAACGUUGCAAUGGCACCAAAAGGUGUUUGGGCCAAGAUGUCUAGUCAUCUCUAUGACAUCAAGCCAGAAUUCGUGGACUCCUUGUACUUCUCUGCUGCUGCAAGGAAGAGAGGUUAUAUUCACAACCUCCCUAUCAAGAACAGGUUUGAGAUACAGCCCACUCCACAUUAUACCAUAGAGGACGAGUUUCCUGACACCAAGAAAUGGUGGCAUGUUUGGGAUAACAGAACGAAGCUGAACUGUGUGUUGACGUGCAUCGCCAGUGCUCAGAUCACGAAGGAUAUACGCGAGCGUCUUGAAAAACAUGAAGGGGAUCCACGUGUACAGAAAGAUGUGGUCGAUCAGUGCAAAAGAUGGAACCUGGUUUGGGUUGGUAAGAACAAAGCUGCCCCACUUGAACCAUGCGAGAUGGAAAGUCUUCUAGGCUUCCCAGGAAACUAUACUCGUGGUGUAAGCAGAAGGGAUCGAUACAAGUCUCUAGGCAACUCAUUUCUGGUUGAUACUGUUGCCUAUCACUUGUCUGUGCUCAAGGCUUUGUACCCAAAAGGUGUAAACAUCUUGUCACUCUUCACGGGCAUAGGCGGUGGAGAAGUUAUUAAGGAAAGAAUAUCAUAUGUAUAUAACUACCGUAUAUUCUUUAUAUACUUGUGUAUCAGUCAUCUUGAUCUCCUCCUAUAAUCUCUCUUGUACGAUGUAUAAAUAUGUGUAUACUCUGAUCAAUAGAAAUUAUCUUUCAUAUCA